AUGUCCUGCGAGAAUUAUGACCCCUGCUUCCCCGACCAGCCCGUGGUGGAUCGAUACCUUCCCAUUUGGGCAAGCCAGCCAAGUUUCUCGAACAAACCUGCGUUUGUAUGGGCCAAGGAUUCACCCAGUGGCUUGACAUGGACCUCGUUGACUUAUUCCGACCUCAACGCUGCAGUGGAAGCCAUGGCGUCUAAGCUCCUCUGCUCCCUUAACAGGGGCGACGUCAUUCUCGUUCUCUGCUCUCCGGGUCUACGGCUCGUUAAGGUAAUCUUCGCUUGCCAACGAGCCGGUCUCGUCGCCGUUCCCCUUGUCCCGCCUGAUCUUUCCCUCGCCGGCAGUGGCGCCGCCCACCACCACCUUCUUCGAGCCAUCUCCCAGGCCAAGCCCAAGGCUGCCGUCGCCGACCGGAGCUAUGUUGAAGCCGUGAGAAGCUCUGCGUCGAGUGCCAAUGAUGAGCUCGUUCGCUCGACGAAGAAGCUUCAGUGGCUUUCCGUCGAACACUUGGAGGAUAGCGUGAGUUAUUCUUCGAGCUCGAGCUACUCAGGCUGCGGGCCGGAUGACACCUACCUCAUACAGUACACCUCCGGCGCGACCGGGGUACCGAAGCCGGUGCUGGUCACCGCCGGAGCGGCCGCGCACAACGUUCGCGCGGCGAGAACGGCCUACGACCUCCAGCCGAGCAGCGUGAUCGUCUCGUGGCUGCCGCAGUAUCACGACUGCGGCCUGAUGUUCCUUCUCCUGACCGUCGUCUCCGGCGCCACGUGCGUCCUGGCCUCCCCGGUCGCUUUCCUGCACCGCCCUCGCCUCUGGCUGGAGCUCGUAACGGAGUUCCGUGCCACGUGCACGCCCGUGCCGGCCUUCGCUCUGCCUCUGACGGUCAAGCGAGGCAGCUGCGACCGCGGGAAGCUUCCGCUCAAAUUAGGGAGCCUGACGAACUUGAUCGUCAUUAACGAGCCGGUGUACAAAUCUCCCGUCGACGAGUUCAUCGAAGAAUUCUCCGCUGCUGGAAUCGAGCCAUCAUGCAUCUCCCCGUCUUACGGACUGGCGGAGAACUGCACGUACGUGUCCACGUCGUGGCCGAGAGAAGAAUUAGGCGGAGCAAAUCGCUACCCGAACAUGCCGUCCUACAAACAGCUACUGCCUUCGGCCAGGCUGGGCAAACCCUAUGCCGAAGAGGACAUUGUCAUCGUCGUGGUCGACGAAGCGACCUUCGAACCGGUAGAAGACGGCGUGGAGGGAGAGAUAUGGGUGUCGUCGGCGAGCAACGCGUCUGGCUACCUCGGCCACCCGUCCCUAACCCGUGAAGUGUUCAACGCCCGGAUUCUUGGAACAGCGAGCCGGUGCUUCGUGAGGACCGGCGACAGAGGAGUCGUCAGAGGAAAGGAGAGGUACCUGUACGUCACCGGCAGGUCAUCGGACGUGAUCGUGUCGGGCGAGAAGCGACUCCUCCACCCGCACUACAUCGAGCACGCGGCGCACGGAAGCAGCCCGAGGCAUCUUCGCGGCGGGUGCAUCGUGGCGUUCGGGGAAGAUGGAGGGCGGGUGACGGCAGCAGCGGUGCUGGUGGCGGAGCUGCAGGGGAAUGGAUUGGGGAUGGAGACGUGCAGGAAGAUAUGCGAGGCAAUAAGAGAAGGCGUGAGGAAGGAGGAGGAGGGAGUAUCAGUGGGCCGGGUGGUGCUCGUGGAGAAGGGGAGCAUUCCCAAAACCACGUCCGGAAAACCGAGGAGAUGGCUGGCGAAGCGAAUGCUGAUGGAAGGCAGCAUGCCCUUCGUGUUCGAGGCGAGAUUCGAGGAUAUCCGCCAAGUGUCUGACGGAGAAGGUCGAGGGGGGCGAGGAAUUGCACACGGAGAAGUAGCUUCGUCUUCGGCCGGCGGAGGCGGAAGCUUCAAGUUCCUUCCAUUUUCCUGUCUCUGAGAAGAAAAGCCGGUUUUGAGAUCCACAUAUUAUGCAAUUUGAAUAAAUCAAUGUACAUAAUUGCAAAUUUGACUGUAAUUUACCGGCCCGUUGGCCCAGUUCUUGUGUGUGAGUGAAUCACGAGUUCAUUCGCUCUAUAAAUAAAUUGGGGGUCUCCGUCUUUGAAUUAGGGUUUCUGUCGUCUCCUGCCGCCGCAUGGUAAAUCCUUCUAUCUCUGCCUGUAAAAUGUGGAUUGGAAGUUGGUGGAGUGUGCGAUGAUGACGGUUAUUUUCAUCUCGUUAAUCUGAUCUCUUCUUUAACAGUGAGGACAGCAUUAGAUCCAUUCAAACCUCUCUGAGCACCUCCUUUCAGAUCAAU